UAAUGCAAACCACAAGUGCAUUGUUGAAGACGGCGUCUGUCCGACUAUGUCUGCAGUGGUCAGUUAUCGCUUCUCGGCCUAAUGGCUAAGAUCAAGUGUAGUAUCUGUUCUUGAUUUUAGUCCAUUUGGACGAGCUAGAGAUCCUAACGUGUAUAAAAGAAGGUCUACUGGCCUUCUGAGAGAUUCUGUAAGCUUACCUUGCCCCGUCCACGGGUUGUCAAGGAGAGAGUGUAAAAGUCUACUGGCUUUUAGUGUGUACGAGUGACUGAGAGGCUAUAGAGGUCGUAGACCUCAGUGUGUUAAUCAAGAGUGAUUGUGAGUAUAAAGAGGUUGGUUAGACCUCUUUUAGAGGUCUACUGGCCUCAGAGUGACCGCAUGUAUAGAGAGUUUAUUAUAUACGUUAAGUAUUAUAACACUUUACUAUAAAACCAACUAAACUAUGGAAAUAGAUACUAAAACAACCGCUAUUAAAGCGCCUAAUAAAAGCUAUGCACAUGCUGUUAGUAAAAUCUAUACACAUGAUGUUAACAUUAAAAACCCAAUAAAUGAAUAUACUUCACUAAAAAAUACUAUCUUAUGCAAACCAUCCACUAAAUAUAGUGACUUUGAAAUUCUAUCAGCAAUUGAAGAUGCUGGAUAUGACAAAUACUUAUACGGAUUUCAACAAAUCCGAUAUGGCACUAUUAUUGAAGUUGUCAUGAAGUCCAAAGAAGCCAUGGAAACGCUUCUUGACAAAGGUUUAAUAAUCAACGGUGUAAGGCAACGUUUCUAUAACUCCACUCCAAGUAGAAACAUUAGUAAACGAGUUACUAUCUCUAUACUAGGUUUGCCAAUUGAAAAAAGUAGUUUCCCGGCCGGAAAAAUACUAGAGGAGCUAGGAUACGGGAAACAUCUAACGACUAGACCUAUUUUUAAAGAAACACCUAAGAAGAAAACACUAUACUACUCAGGGAUUAUAGUAACUACUAUGGAAGGAUUAGUAAAACCUGUUCCUAGACUUAUUAACCUAAAAGGAUAUGAUGUGAGAGCGAUUUAUACCGGACAAGAAGACAUAGGUUCUAAAGCCCAAAAUAAUGCAACAACAAAAAUUACUAAAGCUAACAAUAAAGCACAAACACAUAAUGAUUUAACCUUAGAUGAGUCCUUAGAAGAAACAUCAAAAAUAAUCCAACUUUCAACGAAAGAUGAACAUACAAACGACUUCAAAGCAAAAGAAAACGAAAAUAAUGAUAACAACGAAGAUUACAGUAAAGGGAGUACGAGUGAGGUUGUUAUUAGAGGUAUAGAAGAGGGAGAAGGCGAAGAUAACUACGAAGAAAAUAACGAUGAGGAUGAGGGCGAUGAGAGUAAAAGUGACGAAAAUAAACUAAAUGAUAAAGACGAUGAAGAAAAUAAAGGCGAUGAUGAUGAGGUGAUCAGUAAUGUAAGGAAAAUAGAUAAGAGUAACGAAAUUGAAAAGGAAAUUGAGGAAAAUGUUUUUAGUAAAGAAGAUAGUCUAGAUGAUGUAGAGAUCGCUGAAGAUUUCUUAAAAAUGUCACAUAUUGAAAAAAUUGAAUAUAACUGGAAACAAUUUAAAAACUUCGAUAGGCUUAAUUGCACUAAAGAAGAACUAAAUAAAUUCAAAAAGUAUAAAAAACUAGAAUGGCAACAAUUUGAAAUAGCAAGAGUUAAGGUUUAUGAUAAACUAGACAUAUGGGAAAAACAAGUUGGUAGAUUACUACCAGAUAAAUACGAAGAAAUGGACUCAGGGGAAAUGUAUGGAUUCAAUAUGAGAGAAUUGAAAAACUUUGACAUGAAAACUGCGGAUAUAUCCGAAAAAACAAUAUAUUACGUUUUAAAAAUAUCCGAAUGGAAACAACGUGGAAAGGAACACUCUCAGUUUAUUCUAGACCAUGAAACAAAAAAGGAACAACGUAACCUUAAAAAGCAAAGAUAUCAAAUAACAAAAAAACGAAAAUUAUCACCACAAUUAUAAAACUAAUAUCGACCAUUAUUUAAAAUUACUUUAAAACUAUAUCAAA